ACCUGACUACUGUUCAGCCAAUAUUAAUAGUCUGAAAAAAAUCUGAGAGGUUUCCUGGCAGAUAUUUUAUAAUAUUCUGAAAAAGAUAAAUAACCUUUCGAAAAAUUUCCAAGGAAUUGAUACUAUUAAUAUCGGCUGAACAGUAAUCAUCAACUUCAAAGGGAAAGAAUAAGACAUCCGCCACUAAUUUAACAUAACGCCACCCCUAAGGAUAAUUCCCGGCCAAAAAUUGGUUCCGUUAACUAUUAUAAAAUACUUAAUUUCAAAUUUUAAAUUUAGUGGUGGGUGGAUUCUGACUUCUCCAGAUUUUGACAGCUAUCCUAAAACAGGCCUCCGCCCCGUUGAAAGUUUGUCGACUAGUUUCUCAUUUCUGGAACGAAACGGUCCUUUCCCUUCCAAAUCCGAGACUCGCGCUAGAUCUGGACUACAUGACUAACAGUCAAAACAACGCGCUCCGCUUUUUCCCCAUGUGCUUCCCAUCCGAUGACCGACUCGUGAAACGGAUUAGCGCCACGUGUUGCGAUCUUGUUGACGUCCCCUACUUCUCUUACCUCACUGAUUUCUUCGGCUACAGGAUUAUGAAAAUUUGUGACAAGUUUACCGACCGAAUCGAAAUUUUAGAAAUUAUCUUCGAGUUCAAAGACUGUUUCCCAGCUAUUUUUCAAGUUUUGAAAAAUUGUUGUCCCAAUUUGAAACAGUUACGAAUUUGUCACGACUUCUGCGAGUAUGACGACGUAGCCACUGGAGAAAUUUCUCCAGCUGUGUUGCUUCCAAAACCAAAUUUGACCCUGUUUGAAGCCUACGCUACCGAAGCGGUGACCCCGUCGCUCAUCAGUCUGAUUCAACUGGUCGUAAAUGCCUCGCCAAAUUUGAAGAAGGUCACAAUUCCGUGGGGAAUCUAUCCAGAUUUCGGAAAUUUAAAAUUUCUCGAUUCCUUGACCACCUCACUGGACGAAAAUCGGAAGUUGGACGUCGUUCUGACAGAAUUUAAUCCGACAGAACUCUCCCGAAUGUUGGGUCAGGUCGCUGACCAGCUCGUCACCUUAAGGUUUCAGAAUUCCUGCACGUACAAUACCCCAAACAAGUUUGAUUUCCCGAGCAGAUUCCGUUUGCCUAGAAAUAUGUCGAAACUGGAAGCCUUCGAGAUCCAGAUGAUCGACAUUUAUCGCGACGAUCUCCUACAAGACCUCGAAGGACUGCCUGCUCUCAGUCGCUUGUAAUUGGAACGAUAUUUAAGAAGUCCAGAUGUGUCGAAGAAAUUUUAGAGAUUAUGUGCGAAAGGAAUAUGGUUUUGGGGAACAUUACGCAUUUGGAGAUUUGGGAGACGCAUGAUCCGAGCCUUUUGGAGGAAUUGAAGACAGCAUUUCCGAAUUUGGUGAAAUUAGAGGUGAUCACGUGUGAAGAAAUGGACACCCGCUGGGACGAGAGUGGGAUGGAGUUGGGCGUCGUGCUGAACGCUUGCGGUGGGGGUUGGGGGGCCCCGAAACAUUUGUAUAUCGAACUGCCAUCUUAUCCGGACCAAAUUAAGGAUACCAUUCAGGUCCUGGUGGACACUAGGGAAAUGUUUGUAGGACUGAAAACUCUGGAAAUUGGCAUGAUGGAGUGUGAAAAUCCUAGGAUACACAACUUGGCCGAAAAUGAACUCGAUCUGUUUAAGCAAUUGCUCAUCGCGUUGGAUGAAGUGGACCUGGUCAGCAUUCAUGAUCUUUAUUUUGGUAAAGAAACUCUGAGAAAUAUACUACAUUUCCUGGAAUCAAGCAAAAUGUACGUGUCAAAGUUUAAGAUGUUUCAAGAUGGACUGACCCUGUCUGAGAUUAAAUUAUGAAGUGAGACUCGACAAAAGACGACCCCCAGAGACUCACGUUUACUAAAUUUUAAACUAUUUCGUUCUAAAAUAUUAAGUUAGUUUAAACCUAAAAGUUCAGCAUGCAUAUAUGCAAAAAUUGCCUUGGAAUAAUUACUGUGUCUAUUAAAAAAACAUUAUCUUACUCGUCCAGGUUUCUCCUUAUAAUUUGAGAUCAUUAAUUCAAUUAAUAUGAGCCUAAUUACUAGUCAGAAAAGUCCAAUAAUUUUUCUGAAAAGUUAUUUGGUCAUACAUUCAAUUCAAUAUUACAUUAUUUAUUUAUAUAAUUUCGUCACUGGAAACAAUAGCAGGAUCGUGCUAA